UAAACUGAGAAUAAAAACUAUUGCAUUAUAAUUACCACAACAUCACAUGAUUUUCUUCUAAAGGGGGUGUAACUGUAACAGCUUUCAGAUGUCUUGUUACAGAGCAUGUCUGUUUUCCCACAGUUUCAGGAAACCUACCCAAAACACUACAACUAUGUGGUCAGAAAAAGCCGCACUGGUUCAUAGAGCAAAAGUAGACGACUCCUUCACACCCAUAAUGACCUAGUCAAAUGAAUUCCUGCAAAGGAUGCGAAGAUGCCACAUUCUGUCAACUCCUUCUCGACUGACACUCUCAUCUCGAAAACCUUCCCUUUGGACUUCUUCUCUACCAACGCAUGGCCUACAGAGCCAUACGCAGAAGAUGGCUUCCUCGCUGGCGUCAGCAACACCAGUGGGUUGGGCGGCCCUCGCUGCACCUAUAAGGAAGACUUUAAGCGUAUUUUACUCCCCGCUGUGUACACUUUUGUCUUCUUGCUCGGCCUUCCUCUCAAUUCUGCUGUCAUACUAAAGAUAUGGAGGACUCGGCCCAAUCUGUCCAAAAACAACAUAUAUAUGCUCAACUUGGCCAUCGCCGACUUUCUAUAUGUGAUGUCCCUUCCCUUGCUCAUCUACAACUACGGCAGUCAUGACUACUGGCCCUUUGGGGAGUUUGCCUGUAAAUUGGUCAGGUUUCAGUUCUACAGUAAUCUGCAUGGCAGCAUCCUCUUCCUCACCUGCAUCAGUGUGCAGCGCUACGUGGGCAUUUGCCAUCCUAUGGCGAUGUGGCACAAGCAAGGUGGUCGCAGGUUGACGUGGUAUAUCUGUGGAGGGGUGUGGCUGGUCGUGGUGGCCCUGUGCGCGCCAACAUUUCACUUUGCUGCGACAGGAGUCCAGCGAAACAACACGGUGUGUUAUGAUUUAAGUACACCACAGAAUUCAGUGGACUAUUAUCCUUACGGCAUAGGUCUGACCUGCCUCGGCUUCUUGUUGCCUUUCAUUGGGGUUAUGGUGUGCUACUGUCGGAUGGCCCAGAUCCUCUGCCGCCCAUUCUCCUACGAGGGUGUCUCCAUGACGACUGGGGAGAAACGGGACAAGGCGGUACGGAUGAUUAUUGUGGUGGCGGUGGUGUUCUGCAUAAGCUUCCUGCCGUUUCACCUCACCAAGACCAUGUACCUGGUGGUGCGUACUCUGCCUGAUGCACCCUGUGAGACCAGAAACUUGUUCUCAAUCAUCUAUAAAAGCACCAGGCCGUUUGCCAGCAUGAACAGCUUUCUGGACCCGAUUCUGUUCUACUUCACCCAGCCACGCUACCGCCGGAGCACCAGAAGGUUUAUGCGCAAAGUCACCACCCUCAGGGACAAGGGCACCAGUGUGUGAGCCAAACAAUGUUCUGCAACAGUGUUAUAUUAAAGCCUUGUUGCUUUGCCACUGGUGGAUCCUAGGAGGCUGCAAAGUGUAUUGGCUGCCGAGUUUCCUCACGCACGUUCUAAUGUUAAGUCCUUUAAGCUUUUACCUCGUACUCACUGCAACAAAGAACCAUACCUUCCUAAGAGGGUCUUUAAAUUUAAAUUUAGAGGUACUGGCAUAUCAAGAAGACUUCUGAAAUGCAAAAUGAAGGUUGUAAUCUUGUCAUGUGAAAGGUAAACAUAGACUGAGAAAACUAGGAGGAAAUGUUCUCAGUUUCUCUGGGGAAUUCAGGCAUUUGGGACACUUCUCAUUGAGAUUCCAGAAUACAUCUUGUCUUUAUUUCAUUAUUAUUGUGGCUGAGGAGUGCUGUACAUGUACUAUACCGUCAGCAGACAAGGGCAUUCACAUCCUGCAUUGUCGCCGUUAUCUGUGAAAUGUUUACUUUCAGUCUCUGCUGUGAACUGGGUAGUAAAGGAGAAACUUUUUUAUUAUUUUUUGUAAAUAAUAAUUUUGGUUUCACACUGUGAACUGCAGUUUAAUCUAUAUAGAUGUAAUGAUAAUAUGCUAACAUGACAAAAUAAUGAGGAGUUUCUUCUACUUUAGCAGGCCUCUGCCGUUUAUAUAGAACUAAAGGUAAAAGAUGGUGAGAUAUGUGUGAUGUGGAGGUGGAAAGAUCAAUACAUUUAUUCUUUGCGAUAAAAUCAAAUAUGGCACAAAGCCAUGUGAAAUUCUCAAAGCGAUUAUAAAUGUUUAUGACUGCAUGUUGAAAUUGCAUUUGUAUACGCACUUUUAUAUAAAUAUUUCUGCUGUUCCCUACAAUCAGAGAUAAACUGAUGCCAACAAAACCUAAAUAUCCAGCUUGUACCACACUAAAAUAGGCCAUCAGUCUUUAGUUUUCUCCACAUGUUCUUUAAAUUCUCGAGUGAACAAAGAAAAUCCAUUCAAAUGUAUGUGCUACUGUUAAUACGUUUAAGAAUGGUUAUCAGAUGCAUUAGAUGCUUAGAGGACUUCAGGGCAGGGUCUACAUUAAGGCUCAACCCUGUGGUUACUGAUCAAAGAAGUCAAUUCUGCUGCUGGAAAUUAGGUGUUUUGACAGAACAAAUAGUGAAUAAUAGGGAAUAGAGACAUUUAUGACAAUGCGCUCUACUUUUAAAGAGUAAUGUCGAUUUAAUAGGAUUAUGUUCCCCAGAUCUCUGAAGGGUAAAUCCAGACAGCUAGCUAGACUAUCUGUCGAAUCUGAGUUUUCUGUUGCACGACUAAAACAACCUUUGAAUGUACACAUGUUCCACCAAAACAAGUUCCUUCCCGAGGCUCUUUUGCAGAGGCUCCGUGGCUCCGCCUACGACGAUUGUGACUGGUUUAAUGACGUGCCAAUAAACCAGAGCACGUUUUUCUCCCAUUAAACUCAUGCUGGAGGCGUUAAGUUUGGCUGAACCUUCAAAGUAAACAAAGCUAUUUUGGACACCCAAAUAUCUCAGCGCAGACAAAAUGUGUUAUGUGUUUACUUUCUCUAUGGCCUUGGCAGGGUGAGCAGCACUGUGUUGUCAUACAGCUGCUACGUCCCCCUCCUUCCAUGGAGACACAGUUGAAGUACCCCUCUGCCUGGAAAGGAUAUGUUGGACACUGACCUGAGUGAGACUCGGGGUACCACUGUCUCAACUUACAAAGCAUGAGUUUGUAAGCUGGAAAUUCCACCUCAACUAAAGUAAUCUGUUAUUCCGAUUUUUUUAAACAUUUAAUUUACCAUCAAGCUUUCAAUUGCUCUGACGCCACUGUGAAGGUAAUGUUCAUGCAUUUUAAAUGCAGGGAGCAUUUUGACCACAAUAUGAGGUCAUGUGCUUAAAAAUGUUGUUUUUUUUAAACUUAACUUAAACUUAAUGUUAAUUUGUGUGUGUUCAGCAUGCAUAGUGAUUAAGGUAGUACUGUAAUAUACUGUAUGUUGGGCUCCAGGCUUCAGCACAAAGUGAAUGCACAUGUUUUGUUGUUUAUAUGUCUGUUUGGUUGAAUAUUUGCAAUGUCUAAUUAUUUUUUGCCACAUCUGUCUGAAGUGUGUGUGUGUGUGUGUGUGUGUGAUCAGUUUAGAGCGCUUAAGAAGUAUGCACUGUGCCAACAUAUUUGUGUCAAUCAGUAUUAUUUAGAAGAGUUCUUAUUUUUUUUAAAUAAAAUAUUGCACCACAGCGUAAUAUCAGGAAUAGAAUUUUAAUUUUGUAACAUAAAUAAUUAUGUUGAUGACAAAGUAACAUGUAUGUGUUUUCCUUUUCUUUUUUACGCAGCGCCCUUGCGUGGCUUUCUUGUGUAAAUGUUUUGGAUGUUGUCAAAACGUAACUGAAAACAACCAUUAAAAUAAAACUCACACAGCCUA